CGUCGAGCUGCACAGCCUGAUUUUACUCGCGUACCACGGCCAGUUGCACGCUUGUGGUCAGUUUUCAUACCUGCAUCGACCGUAGACAGCGCCCAGCUGAUUUCACGCUGCGCCGUGCACGAAUCAGGUCCCUGCACAAGCAGCAGCCGAGCGCACAGCACAAAAUAGCAACAUGCCAGCCGCCUUCGUCAUAACCCCGCAAGGGAUUAGAAGAGACGGCCGCGCCGGCCACGACGGCCGCGAACUCGACGUACAACUAGAAAGGGGCGACGACGCGGCGACGGCCGAGGUCUCUCUGGGAGGCACGCGGGUUAUAGCGCGGGCGUCCUGCGCCCUCGGCGCGCCGGACGCGUGGCGGCCGAACGAGGGCAGUUUGAGAGUCAAGGUCGACGGCGCGCCGCGUUCUAGAGAUGACGACGAUGAGGACGACCCGACCAUCAUCCACGAAGCUAGACGGUUUCUGGAACGCUGCUAUAGAGACGGCGGCGCGUUGGACGUGGAAGCGCUCUGCGUCGUGGGCGGCGAGGCGUGCUGGCAGGUGGCGCUGAACGUGUCCCUGUUAAUAGACCGGGGCAACGCGUUGGAAGCGAUGACGCUCGGCGCGGCGGCGUGUCUGAAACACGUGCGGUGCCGCGUCGCGACGGGGACGGGCGACUCUGUGCAACUCGCGGACGUUGAUAGUGUCGUGCCCCUGCCCCUGCCGCUGACGCGGCUACCGGUCGCCGUGCCUGUUGUGAUUGGUCCUUCGUGUCGGACGGCUUGUGUGGAUCCCGAUUGUAAUGAGGAGGCGGCCGCCGCCGCUUUAUAUAUAGCGGGUCUGGACGCCCACGGCGAGCUGUGCUUUUCUCAGUCAAGCGGUUCUGGCUUAGAUCCGGAGGCCCUCGCGACCUGUCUGGCGCUGGCCAAGACGCGCGCGACGCAGCUCCACGCCUAUCUAUCCACGAAUUUGCAGGAAGCCGAUGAAGUGUGGAGACAACAGCGAAUCAAUCUCGUAAGGAAUUCCAUGUGA